AUGUCAUUCGCAGAUGUUGGACCGUCUAAUGAUAAUGACGACGGUAACAGCAACGAUGAUUAUGACGAUCAUCCAGUAUUAUUAAUAUCAACGAAUGAGAGUGUAUUUAUACGUGAUAAAUAUGUAAAUGAUAAUUCAAGUACACAACCUUUACUGGGCCGUAUAACAGAAUUCAAUCAACAUGGUUCAUUAUAUUGUAAAAGUAUGAAAACUCGUUAUGUUAUUGCAAUAUGGGCAUUCUUUGGAUUUUUUUGUGGUUUUACCAUACGUGUUAAUCUUUCAGUCAAAGGAAAUCGGACAAGACUGAAAAGAGAGUACAAAAAAGAGCUGUUUUGUUUGAUUGUCCUUGAUGAAUUGUUUCAAAUUGUUGCGAUGGUAUCACCGCAAAGUCUAUUAAAUGAAUCGAGACGAGCAUGUCCAUCAACAGCGAAGCAAAACUCAUCUCAAUCAAAGGUAGAGUUUCAAAUAUUCGUUGAUAAUACAAAAUUUUAUAAGCAGAAAAAACAAACUUUUGCAGGAAAUCUUGCUGAACGUUAUGGUGCAAAAUAUAUUUUUGGUGGAAGUAUUUUAACUACUGGAUUAUUAACAUUAUUAACACCAAUAGCGGCUCGAACUCAUGUAAUCUUAUUGAUUGUCAUUCGUGUUUUAAUUGGUGCCUGCUCUGGUCCACUUUAUCCUUCAGCAGGCGCAUUAUGGGGAAGAUGGGUUCCUCCGCUUGAAAGAUCAACAAUUCCAUCAACGGCAGCAACAGGUGCAAACGUUGGUAUUAUCGUUUCAACACCACUGAUCAGUCUGUUAUGUGCAUCAUCAUUUCUUGGCGGAUGGCCAAGUGGUUUUUACGUGUUUGGUUGUCUUUCAAGCAUCUGGUUCGCUGGUUGGUACUUUUUUGGCUAUAGUUCGCCUGCGGUUCAUCCAAGAAUAUCAUCCGAAGAAAAAUUAUAUUUAAUGAAAUAUUCAUCAAGGUUGAAAAAGCAUCGUCGAACACCAUGGAAAGAUAUAAUACAAUGUGUUCCAUUAUAUGGAAUAGCGACGCUAUCUAUUUGUGUUAAUUAUGUUUAUUAUACAUUAUUAACAUCAUUACCAAUUUAUUUUGCAACAAUAUUAAAUUUGGAUUUAGAUCAAAAUGGUUUUCUAUUUGCCAUGCCGUACCUUUGUCAAUCACUUGUGACUGUUUGUGUUGGCCAUACAAUACAACGAAUUCGAAAGAAUACUAAAUUAACAAUAACAAAUAUUAGAAGAGUACCAACAAUAAUUGGCUCUGUUGGAUCUUCAAUAUCUUUAAUAGCAAUUGGUUAUUCUGAAUGUAAUAAAAUUGCAGCUGUUCUAUGUUGUAUUUUAGCACAAGCACUUAUGGGUUUUUUAAGUGUUAGUGCGUUGAUUUCACAUUUGGAUAUAGCACCCAAUUAUGCAGGAACACUCAUUGGAAUUACAAAUACAUUAAACGCUAUUCCGGGUUUUGUUGGACCAAUGAUGGUUGGCGCCAUCACAAAUGAUAAUCAAACAUUGCAUGCUUGGAAAAUGAUAUUUAAUCUUUCAGCUGCAAUCGGAAUGUUUGGAUGUUUAGUUUUUUGCUUGUUGUUUCGAGGAGAAGAACAACACUGGAAUCAUCAUCGUCGUGAUACAAAUGCAGAUAAAACUGUUAUACAAUAA